UUUUCUUUCCAUCACCAGCAACAUCAAGAUGGUUGGAGGGUACUUUCCGGUGUGUAUCCAGUGUGGGACAAGGAGCAACCCAUGCCGGUGCAAGGUGGUUGGACCAACCGUGGGCUUCUUGGCCUUCGCCGCUGCGGCGGUGGUGGAGUGGCCUGUUGGGGCUUUUGUCUAUCUCUUUCGGCACGUGAAAGGCCGCCGUAUUAUGGCACAUCCUGCGGCUGUUGUCUACCCUUCCGUCACUAAUGCGAUUCCCAUCUGA